AUGAAACAGAAGAGAAACCCUACCGACUGGAUACAAGGGCAUACAGUGAAGCUAUAUAAGUCAAGACAUGUUAAAGAUAAAUCAGUGAGAGGUCGAGACUUAUGCGAAAAAGAUAAAAGCACUUCUGCAGUCACAAGUAGUCUUCAACUAGCUGUAGCAGAUUCCAAAUUAAUUGGUCCAUCCUCUGAUCUGCUUGAAAAGGAUCACCAGUACUAUAAAUUCAGUGACUGA